AUGCUCGUGGACGGUGUCGAAGCUUUUCCUUCGGAAGAGGCGGUUCCGCAACAUUUUGCGGAUCAAGAUGAUUCAUCUGUUGAACGAAAAUUAGAAACAGAUUUAGCUACUAGCGAAUUAUCUAGUUGUUUUGAUGAUAAACAUAAUUUUGAUUUAACGAAAUAUAUUAACGAGAAUGUAUCCGUUGAAAAUAGAAAAGUUAGAUCGGUGGGUAAAAAAAUUGAUAAACAGGCUCAAAAAUAUAUAAUUGAAGAUAAAAAUGAUAAUUUAGAUACAAAUGAUGACGUUGAUGUUGAAACUGUAUUUGAAGGUGCUAGUCUUCCUGUAUUAGAGGCAAAUGAUGCUUUUAGUCUUUUAGAACAAUUCGAAGCAUCGGAAAAGCCACGUUUACCUAAUACUAAAUGUAACGAGAAUUUGAGUAGUGAUUUUGGAUUUAGUAGUAGUUUAGUAAAUAAUCUUGAAAUGGAUGCUAAUCAAAUUUCAAGUAGUUCGAUCGAAAUAUUCGAUAAAAUUCCAAAAGCGCCCAUCAAUAUAUUUGAAGAGGACGUUAGUUUGUUCGAGAAAGAUUUAGAAACUGUUAAAGGCGAGCCUCAAUCAGGAAGUAUUGAAAAGAAAGACUUUAAUAAACAAGAACAAGAAAAAAGUAGAAAUGAAGAAGUUACAACUAAGCAAGAAACAAAAAUUACGAAACCACACACUGCCGAAUUAAACAUUUCGCAUAAUUACACUAAAAACAAACAGAUAUUAGACGCACUACCUCAAGAGUUAAUUGCACGAAUCAACGAAUCAGGGAAACGGAAAACUAUAACUGUUAUUCCUCCAAUUCCAACCAAAAAACGGGGCACUUCGCGUUCUGUGGAAUCAGUAUCAAUUCAUCGUCACAAAAUUUUAAAAGUGGGUAAUGGACAAGUGCAUUUCGAUCAUGAUUAUUGUGCCACUCCAUCUCCUUACCCUAAGGAACCUCAAAAAGACUCAGGUUUUCAGUCAUCCGAAGAGGAUGACCGUUCUAUAAUAAGAAAUCAACCGACUGUCAAAACGCCCGAUGGUAAACUUAUGGUGUCUCUUCUUAAAGUGAACACUAUACGUGGUAAUAAUCAUAAUCAAAAGAAAAAAUUGAAUCUAGAAGAGUACAAAAAGAGACGUUUGAUCAAUUCGAAUGCAACGUCUCAGAGUAAUUCGCCGGCUAGUAGUACGUGUAGUUCGCCUUUACCUGAAGACGAGAAUCUGAAACGUCUCAAACAUCAAGAGAAGUUGAUGAAAAUGGCUGCUGAUUUGUUAAACACUCCGGCAAAAUCGACAAAGGGCGACGUCAUUCUUCCUACUAUUAUCAAACCUGUGGUUCAAAAUCCUCCACCGCAGAGAAUUGUCGUUCCGCAAAAAAUAACACCUCCUCCUGACUUAGAAGUGAAGACGUAUGUCAGUAUUGGUACCAACACGGAUAUUUCGAGUAUCAAUUGUAGUAAAACGAUCCUAGCUUCUACUCAACAAUUAGAAGAAAUCAAGCCAUUGCUGCAAAAAGUUAGUGAUAAAAUUAACAGUAAUUCGUUCAUUACAUCGCUUAUAGAAAAUAUUCCGAAAGUCAAGACAAGAACUACUGCCUUUGUUAAGUCUGAAAAUCAGGAGGUAAUUAGAGAGGAUAAAAUUAUUCACUAUUUGAAAAAAGAUAGAGAGCCGGUAAAAACGGUGAAUGUAGGGUUGCAAACAGAUUUUGAUGAAGAAGUGAAUGAUGAUGUGGAAUCUAGAUACAGGCGAAGGAUAGAUAAAAGUCCGAGUGUCUCGUCUGGUGGGAGUUCACGGUCUCGACAACGCAGAAGACGCAGUAGUUCGAGUUCUUCACGUAGUUCACAUAGUUCAUUUUCUUCAUCCUCAUCCACUUCUUUUAGAUCGUCUCGUUCACGAUCAAGAUCCAUUUCUCCGAAACGUCAACGGCAAUAUAGCGCUGAACGUUUAAGAGAAGUCGAAGAACGUAGAGUUAUAUAUGUGGGCCGUAUAAGUAAAGGCACCACCAAAGAAGAUUUACGAAGACGAUUUAUAACAUUCGGGCCUAUUACGAAUGUUAGUCUUCAUUUUCGCGACUAUGGGGAUAAUUAUGGAUUUGUUACUUUCGCUAAUAAGGAAGACGCCUAUGAAGCAGUUGAGCACGGCAAUGACGGACAUGUUUACCCUAAGUAUGAUUUGAGUUUUGGUGGUCGAAGAAUAUUUUGUAAGACUUCGUAUUCUGAUUUAGAUAAUAUGCGAGACGACGAUUACAAUUAUUAUACAUCUCGCGCCCCUGAAAAUUCGUUUGAUGCUUUGUUAAGGGCAGCACAAGAAAAAAUACGUAAACGGAAGCCUUGACAAGCCUUGCGGUUUAGUGUUAAAUUUCAUAAGUUAAUAAUUCAAUGCAUUUUUUUAUUGAUUCGAUUGUAUUUUAUUCUGUAAGCUGUAGUUUCGAUUGUUAUAGCAAAGAUAAUGGUAAUAUAAGCAACCUUUUUUUAUUCUUUUAAAUAUGUUCGACUUUAUACUAAGUAGUCGGUUUUAAUCAUAAAAACACAACAAAACUGACUGAUUUUUUAAAGUGAAUUUGUGAUUGCAUGAUUGCAGGUAUUGUAUUUUAUUCAAUUUUGUUUAAAUAUAAAUUUAAGUUGGGUUUGUUAAAAAUAGGUAAAUUUGAAACAAUUGUAAUUGGUUAAAACCGACGUUUUAUUGUUGAAUAUGUUUCCCACUUUGGGCUGUGUAUUUUGUAUUUAUGAAUAUUUUGUUACAGUUUAAUAAAAGUUAACAAAGCUUA